AUGAUAGUCACAGUAGCCAGUCUCGCGGCCUACUGCACCGUCCCGGACAUGGUAGACUACGCCUCCUCCAAAGCAGCAGCCCUCUCAUUCCACGRGGGCCUCACAGCCGAGCUCAAAACCCGCUACAACGCCCCCAGAGUCCGCACCGUCAUGGUCAACCAAGGCUACACCAAAACUCCCCUCUUCAAAGGCUACGACACCGGCAACGCGUUCCUGAUGCCCCCUCUCGAACCCGAUACCGUGGCCGAGGCCAUCGUGAAGAAAGUCCUAAGCGGUCAUAGUGGACAGAUCAUCUUGCCGGGUUUCGGUGGCGUUUCCGCCAUGUUGAGGGCGUUGCCGCAUUGGUAUCAGAAUCGUGUGAGGGUGCAGGGGGAGAGUUACAUGAAGACGUGGCAGGGGAGACAGGUUAUUGAUGUGGAGAAGUGGAAGAGUGGUGGGCAGAAGGAGGAGAGGGAGGAUGAGUCCGCGUCGACGGUGCUUGUUCCUCAGCCAAAGACUGCUGGACAGGAGUGA